CAAUCUCUGUUCUCUACCUGGUGUGGCUCUACCUGGACUGGGACACACCUAACCAAGGUGGAAGGCGUCGUGACUGGAUGAGGAAUUUGACAGUGUGGAAGGACAUGAGGGAUUAUUAUCCUAUCAAGCUGGUGAAAACAGCAGAGCUGCCCCCCAACCAGAACUACGUGGUGGGCAGUCACCCACAUGGGGUCAUGUGCAUGGGGGCUGUCUGUAAUCUCUCCAUGGAAGGCAAUGGCUUCUCCAAGCACUUCCCAGGGAUUCGGAUCUGGCAAACUGGACUGAGUGGCCUCUUCUGCCUCCCAGUCUACCGAGACUACAUCAUGAGCUAUGGAGCGCGUCCUGUGAACCGCCAGAGCCUGGACUUUGUCCUGUCCCAGCCCCAGCGUGGGGAGGCCGUGGUCAUUAUAAUAGGGGGUGCCCAGGAGAUCAUGUUUGCGAGCCCAGGGCAGCACUGCCUCACGCUCCGGAAACGCAAAGGCUUUGUGCACCUGGCGCUGAGGCACGGGGCCUCGCUGGUGCCCGUGUACUCCUUUGGGGAGACUGAUAUCUUCCGAAUCAAGGCUUUUCCUGAGGACUCCUGGCAGUUUCGGUGCCAGAUGCUCUUUAAGAAGCUCCUGGGUUUUCCACCUUUCAUCUUCUGGGGCCGCAGUCUGUUCUUGGCCAACUCCUGGGGGCUGCUGCCCUUUGCUGUGCCCAUAACCACCGUGGUGGGCCGCCCCAUCCCUGUGCCCCGGCGCCUCCACCCCACCACGGACGAAGUUGACCACUAUCACGCCGUCUACAUGAAGGCUCUGGAGCAGCUGUUUGAGGAGCACAAGGAAAGCUGUGGCGUCCCUGCUUCUACCCACCUCACUUUCAUCUAGGCCUGGCCUCAGCUGCUCGCUGAGCCCCCAAGACCCUGACCCAGGGUUCUGGGACCUCAUCCGACUGCCACACUCCAUGCCUCCAAUCAAAGCAAGUUGGGGAAGCGAGCCUGUCAGGGCCUGAUCCACGCCCAUCCUGAUGUGCCACAGAGCCUCUGCCUGAGAUUGGACAGAGACUCAACUCUGCAUGUUGCUCGAUCUUGGACAAGCCCCUCCCCUUUGCCUCUUCUCUGGAUGUAAAUAAAGGCAUCUGCUUAGCUAA